AUGACACGUGCCCAGAUGAAAGGUGAUGAGAAAUCAGAAAACUGGACUGUCAGUAGUGAAUUCUACAUUUUGGCAUUUUCUACACAACCCCAGAGUCAGGUUGUGCUUUUCAUCGGAAUCCUAGGGAUCUAUUUAAUUGCAAUGAUAGGAAAUAUGAUUAUUACUAUGCUGAUACUCCUGGUUGUUCAGUUGCACACUCCUAUGUAUUUCUUCCUGUGCAAUCUUUCCCUGCUAGACAUGACUUUUGUCUCUGUUACGCUCCCGAAGCUGCUGUCGAUUACACUGAAGAAUAUAGGAACUAUUAGCUUUAAUGCUUGCAUAGCACAAAUGUAUUUCUUUAUCUCAACGGCAAAUAUAGAGUCGUUUCUUCUGACUUCCAUGGCAUAUGAUCGCUAUGUUGCAAUUUGCAAUCCUUUGCGUUAUCCUUUAAUCCUGACAAAGACAUCAAUGCUUCUGCUGUCUACUGUGUCCUGGUUCCUCGGUUUUUCAAAUUCAUUCGUGUUAACGCUUCUUACAUCCAACCUAUCCUUCUGCAGAUCCCAUACAAUUCAAAAUUUCUUCUGUGAUCUCAAAGCCCUUUUAAAGUUGUCCUGCAGUGACACCACAACUAUUGAAAGGAUCAUACUAGUGGACAACUUUCUUAUCGGUUUCAUCCCCUACAUGCUCACUAUGACUUCUUAUGUGUACAUUAUCGCGACUGUAUUAAAAAUCCAGUCAUUACAAGGAAAACUUAAAGCCUUCUCCAAUUUAUCUGUUUCUCCCUAUUCUUUCCUCAUUCAGGAGCUGGUUGUCAGAUGA